AUGGCGCUGGAUAAGCACGCCCGUUUUGCCAAUUGUGUGAAUCAUCGUGAGGCUUCCGGGUCGAACACGGGUGUGUUCUUGGGGAGGGGGGAGAGAAGUAUUUCAUGGGGCGCUACAGAUGCGAUUGCUAGAGUAGAAUUGGAUGGAGUCAACAUCUUGAAAACAGAAGUUUUGCCAAGACUGAGCGAGACUCUGGCUUCUUCUGACCUCGCUCAUCCAAUUAGAGCACCAAAAGACUGGCCGUCUCGAUUUGGCAUCAGGCGAUGCAGUCUUCCGCCCACGGCCUGUUGCCGUCCAAUAAGAUACACAAGUGACAGUAGCCACCAGACCUUUCCUGCGUAUUUCCUGGGUUACGGAAGUGGCCUAAGCCGCCAAGGUUGGGAGACAAUCACACCAGGCUGUGCGGGUGCUUUUCCCGUCCAACAUGUUCUUGAAAUCUAUUGUAGCCAGCCAACCAGCGAUAACUUCCUUCACCAUAUUGAAACAGACUCUUUAUUUGUGUCAGCCAUGCCACCUCUACCCAUAAUCCCGACAUCUAAUCGAUUUGGCGUUUCAUCCAAGAACGAGCAUCGCACAACGCAACCGACAACAUUGUCUCGAUCCGUGAGCCAACAUGAUACUGCUAUGGUUACCAACACAAACGUACACGAGGGCAAUGAUCAUAAUUCGGAGUGGGUAAAAGUCGAGAACAAACCGGAAAAUGACUUGAAUCCUGAAUAUGUGGGAUGCAUCUUGAAGCCCUCCGAAGCAUUGCCGAAGGGAUUCAUUGAAGGCCCACCCCAGCGAGCCUAUGGCCAUUUCUUCGUCAUCAGCGAAGUUUCAGGCACUGGAGAUCUCAAGAUAUGCAUGAUCACCUCAAAUUGUAAGGCCAAACAGAAGAAAAUGCGAAUCAGAGGGAGCGAGGAAGAACGCCCCGAGUCUGCGGAAGAGCUUGUGAUGGAAGGCACUUGUCCUCUUCAAGUCAGGUCUUGGCUCAAAGUUGGAGAACGAUAUGGAAUAAGCGCUUUGAGAAAGUCAGGCGGGCCGAUAUCAACUAACAUGCCCCUGCUCAAGGAGUCAAUGAAUUGGGUUUAA